AUGGCCCCUGCCGCCGCCACCGCAAGCUACAGCACAGCGGGCACCGUCUCGUCUCCGCUCGACCUCGACGCUCUCACCCCGCGCGGAGAGCACGAGUCGGUCAACCUCAACGGCAGCGCCGCCGCCGGUGGUGCCAGCUCGAGGCGCGCCAUCCGUCCAAAGCCCAAGGUGACGCUUACGAGCCUGACUCCUAACAACAGCGGCACCCUGCGCAAGAUCAACUCGGUCGUCCUCCCGAUUGUCUACUCGGAAAAGUUCUACAAGCAGGACGUGCUCGACGCGACUCUUGAUGACAUUAACAAGCUUGGCAAGUUUACUCACUUUUACUACGCGGACAUUCCCGUCGGCGCGUGCUGCUGCCGGAUCGAGAACAUGGCCAAGGGUGCCAAGCAGCCUCCCACUUUGGCUAUUCUGACUCUUGCCGUCCUUGCUCCUUACCGCUCGCAAGGCCUCGGCAGCGCGCUGGUCCAGCACGCCCUCCGCUCGGCUCUCCACCCUACUGCGCCCCCAGCCCCUACUCCUCCUGCCACGGGCACUGCUACUCGCGCUCAGCUCAAGCCCGUCGAGCCCCGCAAACCUAUCAACCGCGCCCUCGUCCACGUUCAGGUCGGCAACGACUCGGCACGCAAGUUCUACGAGAGGCUUGGAUUCAAGGAGGCCGGUGUUGAGGAGACGUACUACACCAAGAUGGAGCCUCGCGCCGCCUGGAUCCUCGUGUGCGACGACAUUGCCGCCGCCCUCGGCGAGCUCCCUAACGGCGUCAACGGCGCUUAA